AUGCCUCCGAAAAAAGCUUUCAGGGUAUCCCCUGGACCCCGUACCAGAGCUACCCGUGCCAGUUCCAGGGCUUCUUCAAGAGCUUCCUCCCAAGCUCCCACUCCCAAGAGCGCUGCAAAGACUCCUCGCCGAGGUCGUCCCGCUAGAAGCAAACUUGUCAUUUCUGGCAUUGAUAGUGAAAUUCCCGAUGAAGAAGAUAAAGACGAUUUUGAAGUUCCUGCUACUGACAGUGAACCUGAAUCAGUCACUUCGAAGGGGCAGAAGAGACGCCGUACCGGUCGGAAUUCUAAGAUAGCUGUGGUUAUCCCUCCGCGAUUGACUUCAAGAGCGAAAGUCGGUGCUAGUGCUGCCAGUUCCGUUUCUGGGUCUCCAUCUUCUAAUUUACUUGAAACUCCUCCUACAUCUAUUUCCGCGACUAGCACUCGCGCAUCUAGCCAUGUUGCUACUAGGACUCAGCUGGCUCCGAUUGAUUUUGCUAUAAAGGAUAGCGAGGAUGAAGAUGCCAUUGCUUUGUCGACGACAAAAAAAGGAAAAGCUAUUUCCAAGAAGAUGAACUCAGCUCCAGUUUCCCAGGCCACGCCCAGAAGAUUUCCUAGAAGGUCUCUAUCUAAACCGGAGCCUGUUAUUGAAGACAGUAGUCCUGAUGAAGAGGAUGAUGAUGUUGAUGAUGAGCUAGAUGAUGAGCCAGAAGAGGAGGAUGAUGACGUUUAUGAAGAGCCAGAAGGAGAGGAUGGCGAUGAUGAUGACGCCUUUGAAGAACAGGAAGUUGAUGAAGAAGCGUCAAAUGGCUCGGAUAAUGAUGACCCUAUCGCCUCUGCGAUUCAGCAAGCUGUCAGCACUACUGCUGCUGCACCAAGUCCAGCUGCUCAUAGAAGGAACAGACAAAUGUCCAACGAACAGGAAGAGACUAACCCACUUAUAACAAAGGCCGAACGCGAACGUUCACAGCUUUACGCUGCCCAUCCCUAUCUCCAGCAUAUCUGGACAGAGCUUGAAAAAUGUGAUCCAAUUCCCACCGAGAAGGCGGAGCAACCGGAAGGUCUAUCGCUCACAAUGCUUCCAUUUCAGCUAGAAGGGUUGAAUUGGUUGAAAAAACAGGAACGCACUAACUUCCAUGGCGGUAUUCUUGCUGACGAGAUGGGUAUGGGAAAGACUAUUCAAACAAUUGCUUUGUUGAUGGAGAAACCGCGUCCGAAACAACCUUGUUUAGUUGUUGCUCCCACUGUUGCACUUAUCCAGUGGCGAAACGAGAUUGAGAAGCAUACCAAUAACGCUUUGAAAGUUCUGAUCUUUCAUGGCCAAAACAAAGAGACGAAUGUCAGCAGCAUUAACAAGUAUGAGGUUGUUUUGACCACUUACGGGUCACUUGAGUCAGUCUUUCGCAAGCAAAACAGUGGCUUCAAACGCAAGGGUGAAAUCUAUAAAGAAGACAGUGUGCUCCACAAGGUUCAAUGGCACCGUGUCGUCCUUGACGAAGCCCAUAACAUCAAGGACCGUUCUUGCAACACUGCCCGUGCCGUCUUUGCCCUCAAGACCAAGUACAAACUUUGCCUCUCUGGAACCCCUCUCCAAAACCGUAUUGGCGAACUUUUCUCCCUUCUGCGCUUUUUGGAGUCCGACCCGUUCAGCAUGUACUUCUGUCGCAAGUGCUCUUGCAAGAGCCAUAGCUGGAAGUUCAAAGACUUUCGACACUGUGAUAGUUGUUCCCACACACCUAUGGAGCAUGUUUGCUUCUUCAACUACGAUAUUCUGAAGCCCAUUCAAAACUAUGGAAAUGAAGGCCCUGGUAAAGUCGCGUUCGAAAGGCUCCAAUCUUUGUUAAAACUCAUCAUGCUUCGCCGUACUAAAGUUCAGCGAGCUGAUGACUUGGGACUUCCACCCCGUGUCGUCAAAGUCCGCCGCGACUAUUUCAACGAAGAGGAGCUCGAUCUGUACGAGAGUAUAUAUGGCGACAGCAAGCGCAAAUUCAAUACCUAUGUUGCCACGGGUGUUGUCUUGAACAACUACGCAAAUAUCUUCAGUCUGAUCACCCGUAUGCGUCAGCUUGCGGAUCACCCAGAUCUAGUCCUUCGACGUCACACCAACGAAGAUGGGAACAACAACUUAGUCUGUUGUAUUUGUGAUGAAGAGGCAGAAGAAGCAAUAAAGUCCAAGUGCCAUCACACUUUCUGCCGUCUUUGUGUACAGCGCUAUCUUGAUACUUAUGCUGGUAAUGGUUCCCCCGACUGCCCAACUUGUCAUUUGGCUCUUAACAUCGACUUGACGCAACCCGCCCUUGAAGCGGCCUACGAAACAGUCAAAAAGGGCUCCAUCAUCAAUCGCAUUGAUAUCAAUAAUUGGCGCAGCUCGACCAAAAUCGAAGCUUUGGUUGAAGAACUUGCGAAUCUUCGCAGCAAGAGCCGUACCGUCAAGUCCAUUGUUUUCAGUCAGUUCACAAGCAUGCUCCAGCUUGUUGAAUGGCGUCUACGAAAAGCUGGAUUCUUAACGGUGAUGCUCGAAGGUUCUAUGAGCCCGUCUCAACGCGAUGCUUCGAUUAGAUACUUUAUGGAAAACGUUGAAGUUGAAGUUUUCCUUGUUUCGUUGAAGGCUGGUGGUGUCGCACUGAAUCUCGUGGAGGCCAGCCAGGUUUUCAUCAUGGAUCCAUGGUGGAAUCCUAGCGUUGAAUGGCAGAGUGGAGACCGAAUCCACCGAAUUGGCCAAACGAGGAACUGUUGUAUCACUCGAAUGGUUAUUGAGGAUAGUAUUGAGAGUCGAAUUGUGGAGUUGCAAGAGAAAAAAGCUAAUAUGAUUAAUGCGACGAUUGGAGGAGAUCAAGGUGCCAUGGAUAGGCUUAGUCCCGCGGACAUGCAAUUCUUGUUUAACAAUUAG